AUGGUGAAAAUCGUGGAUUUGAGGAGAGUUCACGGCAUGUUCCAAGGAUCAUCGGAGGAAUUUUGGCGGGAAAAUGUUUAUGGCGGUUUGGCGACUCUUGUCGCUCUUCUUUUCGUCUUGGCUUGGCACUGUGCCAAGAGGUUCGUCUUUAGGAAAUCCUCUUCCUCCAAGUCUUCUCCAGUUGGUGUCUCAAAUUCUGAACCAACCAGUUCUGGGUUCAGCAUCUCGGAAAUGGUCACAGAUGCAGAUUUGAAGUUUCUAAUUGAAAAUUUGGAGGAAAAGACCCGUGAAAAUGAGAAAUGGGACAAUGUCAUAGAGAAAAGAAAUGAUCUUCUAUCCUACUAUGCUAAAUGCUGCAAGCCUAAGGAUGGCCCUGUGAAAUACUUGAGCUCAACAAUAUUUGAGAAUUGCUCUCCUGAGAAGCUGAGAGAUUUCUACAUGGACAAUGAUUACAGAAAGCAAUGGGACAAGAUGCUGAUUGAGCAUGAGCAGUUACAGGUGGACAAAAACAAGGGGGUUGAAGUUGGUCGGUCAAUAAAAAAGUUUCCACUGUUGACAGCCAGAGAAUAUGUAUUAGCUUGGAGGUUGUGGGAGGGGAAAGAUAAUACAUUCUACUGUUUUAUCAAGGAAUGUGAACAUCCUUUGGCACCACCCCAGAAGAAGUAUGUGCGUGUUAGUAUUUUCAGAUCUGGUUGGCAAAUCAGAAAAGUGCCUGGUAGAAAUGCCUGUGAAAUCAAAAUGUUUCACCAAGAAGAUGCUGGUUUAAAUGUGGAGAUGGCAAAAUUAGCUUUUUCCAGGGGCAUAUGGAGUUAUGUAUGUAAGAUGUGUACUGCACUUCGCAGAUAUUCUACAAUCAGCAAUCAUCAGUUAAGUUCUGGUGCUACUGCUCUCACUUUGAUUAAAAAGGUUCCCCCUGGAUUGGAAGCCACAGAUAGCAUGACUUCUCAAGAAAACUCUGCAGCAACUUCUGUUCACAGACCAAUCACUGGUGGGGGGAGGAAAUUGUCAAGAACACCAUCAAAGAAACUGCUUGCCAAUGGCUUGCUGAUUCUUGGGGGUGUGGUCUGCUUGUCUCGUGGUCACUCUAGCCUAGGUGCUAAAGUUGCCAUGGUGUACAUCUUAACCAAACUGAGUAAGCGUGGUGCGUCAUCAAGUGAAAGCAGCCCAAGUUCAGGUGCAUGA